UGACAGGAGAAACAAGUUCCCGGGAAGCUGCAGCGGGAGUGCUGCCCCAGUCUGAGCUCAAUAACUGGAGCGAGCGGGCCGGGCGGGGGCCGUCGGGACUUGGGGGUGGGGGCAGCGCAGCGAGGAGGUUGAGGGCUCCAGCGGGGAGCUCGCUCCGCGCCCACGCCCAGCAACAUGGGCCCCCUGCUGUUCCUGCUGCUCUGGGGGCUCCACAAAGUUUCGGGAGGUUCUGAGCUCUUGCAAAGAAGUUUCCCGUUUCAUGGACUGCAGAUCUCCUCCUUUGUCAACAGCAGCCAGGCACGCACAGACUGCUUGGCGUGGCUGGGGGAGCUGCAGACGCACAGUUGGAGCGAUGACUCAGACACCAUCCGCUUCCUGAAGCCCUGGUCCCAGGGCACAUUCAACCUCCAGCAGUGGGAGCAGGUGCAGAAUGAGCUUUGGGUUUAUCGACUCAGUUUCACCAGGGACAUUUGGGAUUUUGUCAAACUGCUGAAGCUAACCUACCCGAUUGAGCUUCAGGUGUUUGCUGGCUGUGAGAUGCACCCUGGCAAUGCCUCAGAAAGCUUCUUCCAUGUGGCCUAUCAAGGAAUGCAUGUUUUGAGUUUCCAAGGAACUUUGUGGGAGGCAGCUCCAGGGACUCCGCCGUUUGUAAAGUUUGUUGUCAAAGAGCUCAACCUGGACCAAGGGACAAGAGAAAUGAUACAGCAGCUCCUGAACAACACCUGUCCCCAAUUUGUCAGUGGUCUCAUUGAGGCGGGGAGAUCAGAACUGAAGAAGCAAGUGAAGCCCGAGGCCUGGCUGUCCAGUGGCCCCAGCCCUGGGCCUGGCCGUCUGCUGCUGGUGUGCCGUGUCUCUGGCUUCUACCCAAAGCCUGUGUGGGUGAUGUGGAUGCGGGGAGACCAGGAGCAGCCACACACUCGACAAGGUGACGUCCUGCCUAAUGCUGAUGGGACGUGGUAUCUCCGAGUUACCCUGGACGUGGUGGCUGGGGAGGCGUCUGGCCUGUCCUGUCGGGUGAAGCACAGCAGUCUAGGAGGCCAGGACAUCGUCCUCUACUGGGCUGGGAGCCACACCUCUGUGCACUUGAUCGUGGUACUGGUGGUCCUGGCCUUACUCGGGCUCAGUGCAGGCUUAAUCUUCUGGUUUAGGAGGCGCCGCUCCUACCAAGGCAUCUUGUGACAACUGCAUCUCUGGAACUCAGGAACUCAGGUUCCCAGAACUUCAGUGCUAGUUGGCUCAGCAGUUGAGGGUGAAAAGAGAAGUACCUCAAAGAAGCAGAGAGCAAUCAGAAGGCAGCUCUUGCAGCAUCCUCCUAAUA